CAUAGUUUUUGAAAUUCUUAUUUUCUGUUCCUUGUUCCUUUUAUUGUGCGGAGUGAAAGUGAGCUCGAAACACGGUGUAUGAAUAUGUAGUAUGUAUGUGUAGUAACACAUAUUUGUAACGUGUAAUCUGUGACCAAGUGACAAUCAAUACUUCCAACUUUUCCCGCAAGGCGUGAUGGUAUUAAAAUCACAUUGCUGAAUUUUCCAUGGAUUUUCCUACACCGUGUUUCAACCCUAUUUUUUUUCAAGACCGGCCGCUUGAUCUUCUGAGUUUGAUCUCCUUAUUUUAUUACUCCAUGCUGAAAAUAGUCAACCAAAGUUUCACUAAGCUGUAGUUAAAACCAAUAUUGGUAGAAACGGCCCAGAAGAGACGAAGGGAGAUUGACUAGGUUGUUAUAAAAAAUAAACGGAAAACGUGCAGCCUCUUUCCUCCCUCUCGGAGAUGACAAAACAACGCAAAAAUGUGGGAGUAACAGCGAAAAUUAUGGAACCGUUGCUGACGGUGCCGGAGCCGAGAGUUUCUCAACGCAUCGCAUCAAUAUCUUCCUUGCCUGCUCAAUCAAAAUACAUCAAGUUACUGCGAGUCAUAGAGCAGUUAGAUAAUUGACAGAAAGAAAUGGCAGAAGACGAGAUAUAUGUACGUACAUUGGCUACAUUUAAUACAAAAUUUCCAGCAGACACUGUCGAAUGGUGUCCUAUAGAACCAUAUCGAAAUGUGUUAACAUGUGGAACAUAUAAAUUAAAUAAAAAUGAAUCUAAUACAAAAUCUACCUAUAGACAGGGGCAAAUCUUAUUGUUGCGUAUAACAAAUGGUGGAGAGUUAGAAUUGUUGCAACAAGUAUGCACUUCAGCUAUAUUGGAUAUGAAAUGGUUACAUGUCAUAGAUAUUGUAGAAACUCGAAUAUUACUCGCAGUUGUCGAUUCCAUGGGAUACUUACAAAUUUAUCAACUGAAAAACGAUGGAAAAAGAAUAGAAUUUAUCACUAAAUUAAAAGUCAAUGAUGAGGACAAUGUCAUGGCAUUAUCUCUAGAUUGGUCCAGAAGAAACAGCCCUGCUUCUGAUCCUAUCAUUAAUACGAAUAUUCUUGUGAGCGACAGUACAGGACACAUCUCUCGUUUUACGUGGGGUGAAGCGGGUGAUCUGACGAAAGAUUUUACAUGGCCCGCUCACAAGUUCCAUGCGUGGAUUGUCGCCUUUGAUUACUGCAAUCCAUUAAUUUUUUAUUCUGGAGGCGAUGACAAUAGAUUCCUAUGUUUUGAUAGCAGAACUGGAUCUCAUCCUGUAGUUGAAAAUAAGAAAUAUAUUGCCGGUGUUACUAGCAUCCAUAGUAAAAAAUUCUUACUCGCAACAGGAAGUUACGAUCAGAAUAUAAGACUGUGGGAUAAGAGAAACUUCGCUCGACCAGUAUCGACGAUUUGUCUCGAUGGUGGAGUCUGGCGUUUAAAAUGGGAUCCGUUUACUCAUCAAUACCUGCUUGCCGCCUGUAUGCACAAUGGUUUCAAGAUCAUUAAUCAUGAUAUAUUAUCAUCUGUCGUUGUCAAUUAUAAAGAACACAAAGGUUUAUCGUAUGGCUGUGACUGGUCAUUCUUAAAACAGUCGGAUAUUUCGAAUUUAAACAUAUCUAAUGGAGAUACCUUGAUGAGCACUUGUUCUUAUGAAGAUCGUCUCCUUAAAGUAUCUGUAAUUGAUUUUUGGCCGGAUAAACGUAUUGAGGAAAAAGAUUACUAAUAUGGAUAAGAUGAAAGAUAUUUCUGAAUAAACA